UUCCUAUUCGAUUAAUCGACUAGUUGAACCUAAAUCGUUGAACCUCGCUGUUUUAUUACUUUACCCGAGGCUCCUCAAUCCUCGUUUUCUUCACGAUCGGUUUUUCUCCGAUUCCGUUUGCUUGUUCACGUUAUCGUAAUUCCCCGAGAAAUUUGCUCGAGAACAUUUCCGGGAAUUUGGGUGAGCAGGGAAACUCGAAUCAUUUCCUUUGAAAUUUGCCGGUAAGGUUCCAGAUUUUGGAGGGGAAAGGGAGAAUUCGGACCGCUUCCGGUGAAAGCUGUCGGGAUCUCUCCGACUAAGCUACGAAACUUCGGGGUAAAUUCAGAACCUAGGUUAUUAUGGGUACGGAGAAUCAAGGGUUGGUGGAGAUUUCGGAGGCGUUGCUGCCGGGAUCGGAGAAAGCGGCGGCGGUGUUUGACUCCGACGAGCGUGUUCCCGGCUGGAAGGAGCAGAUCACGGUCCGAGGCCUUGCAGUGAGCGCCUUGCUCGGGACGCUGUUCUGCAUCAUCACCCACAAGCUCAAUCUGACUGUCGGAAUAAUCCCUUCGCUGAACGUUGCCGCUGGUUUGCUCGGCUUCUUCUUCGUCAAGUCGUGGACUGGUUUCUUGUCGAAGCUAGGGUUUUCCGUCAAGCCCUUCACCAAGCAGGAGAACACCGUUAUCCAGACAUGCGUUGUCGCCUGUUAUGGCCUCGCCUUUAGCGGGGGAUUUGGUUCUUAUUUGAUUGCCAUGGAUGAGAAGACAUACAAGCUCAUUGGUGUGGACUAUCCUGGCAACCAUGCAGAGGAUGUUAAGAACCCGGGAUUGUGGUGGAUGACCGGCUUUCUAUUUGUAGUCAGUUUCCUCGGUCUCUUUAGUCUUGUUCCACUUCGCAAGGUGAUGGUUUUGGACUACAAACUUACAUAUCCCAGUGGAACUGCAACGGCAAUGCUAAUAAAUAGCUUUCACACCAACACCGGAGCUGAGCUUGCAGGGAAGCAGGUUAAAUGUCUUGGGAAAUACUUGAGCCUUAGCUUGUGCUGGAGUUGCUUCAAGUGGUUCUUCAGCGGUAUUGGAGAUGCUUGUGGAUUUGAUAACUUUCCCACCCUUGGAUUGACUCUAUUUAAGAACACGUUUUACUUCGACUUCAGUCCCACUUACGUUGGAUGUGGUCUUAUAUGUCCCCACAUAGUGAACUGCUCGGUUCUUCUCGGUGCUAUCAUUUCAUGGGGACUUUUAUGGCCAUUUGUUUCUCAGCAUGCCGGUGACUGGUAUCCAGCUGACCUAGAGGCCAAUGACUUUAAAGGUCUCUACGGAUAUAAGGUCUUUAUUGCCAUUGCCAUCAUUCUUGGUGAUGGCCUCUACAAUCUCAUCAAGAUCAUAGCAGUAACCGUGAAGGAAAUCUGCAACAAAAGUUCCAAGCGAAGCCUACCUGUUGUCACAGAUGUUUUAGAUGAUAGCGAGACAUCUCAGAUACUUCUGGAGAAGAAGAAAAGAGAUGAAGUAUUUCUCAAGGACCGUAUACCCUUCUGGUUCGCGAUUUCUGGGUACGUCGGUCUUGCAGCCAUCUCAACGGCAAUGAUCCCGAUGAUAUUCCCACCAUUGAAAUGGUAUCUGGUCCUCUGUUCUUACUUCAUUGCCCCAGCCCUCGCCUUCUGCAACUCUUACGGAACUGGUCUCACUGACUGGAGCUUGGCUUCAACCUAUGGAAAGAUCGGCCUUUUCAUCAUCGCUUCGAUAGUAGGAAGCAAUGGCGGUGUCAUUGCCGGUUUAGCUGCCUGUGGGGUCAUGAUGUCGAUCGUCUCUACAGCCGCUGAUCUCAUGCAGGAUUUCAAGACAGGUUACCUGACAUUAUCGUCCGCAAAAUCCAUGUUUGUGAGCCAACUGGUCGGGACAGCAAUGGGUUGUGUUAUAGCUCCACUCACGUUCUGGCUUUUCUGGACUGCUUUCGACAUCGGAUCUCCCGACGGUCCGUACAAAGCUCCCUACGCUGUGAUUUUCCGUGAAAUGGCGAUUCUCGGGAUCGAGGGCUUCUCGGAACUGCCCAAGCAUUGUUUAGCUCUUUGUUGCGGGUUUUUCGUGGCCGCUCUGGUUGUGAACCUCCUGAGAGACAUCACACCGCCGAAGAUAUCUCAGUUCAUCCCGAUACCGAUGGCGAUGGCCGUUCCGUUCUACAUUGGAGCUUAUUUCGCCAUCGACAUGUUCGUGGGGACAGUGAUACUGUUCGUGUGGGAGCGGUUGAACCGGAAAGAUGCGGACGAUUUCGCGGGGGCGGUGGCAUCGGGUUUGAUCUGCGGAGAUGGGAUAUGGACGAUCCCUUCUGCGAUUCUGUCGAUCUUAAGGAUCAAUCCGCCGAUCUGUAUGUACUUUGGUCCGUCCAUGACAAGCUAAAGAGCUGUCUCGGGAGUUCAGAUCUUACGUGUGUCACACGGCAGUGUCAGUCUAAGCCGUUGUCUUGUCUUCAUUUGUUCUGUAGAUAAGUCUGAAAGAAAACAACUGUUCGUUCCGAAGAAAAGAUCUGUAAUUUUUCAAUGUUUUGUUGAUUUGACGAUUUAAUUGCAGGUUCUUCUCUC